AUGUCGGGCUUUUCCAACGUCCUUAAAAACGGCUGGCAUCCGGAUAAAAAUGCCGAUUUCAAGAAACAGGUGACGGGCAUCUGGAAGAAGGACGACAGCCAAUACCAGUCCGAGGCGCGCGCGAACCACGCAUCACGGCCGCUGUCGAGCCUCCGCGAUCCAGCGUCUUUUGGCCCUCCGCCACGCCAUGUAGCCCUUGGAGGCGAGCCCAGCGCCAGCGGGACGGCCGUCAGCACGCACACCAGCACACAUUCCAGCUCACCCCAUGCACCGGCAGCAGCAUCAGGUCCGCCUUCCCUGCCAUCCCGGUCGCGCGCAGCGUCGUCCGCGGCCGAAGACGACGAGGAGCCCCGGGGACCACAGCCCUAUCGCAUGGACAUGACCGGCCUCGACACGUCGCAUCUGCCCCCACCACCCACACGCCGAGACGGCGGUGGCAUCAGCCGCGGCCCCGUGCCUGCGCCGCCGUCGGGUCCUACCAAGCGACCAGCAGCCAUCCGGCCUGGUCUGCCGCCCCGUCUCCCGCCUCGUUCGACGCCCUCACCGAAUCCACCUAGCGGUGCUGGCAGCACCAAAGCACACCCGCCUCCGCCGUCACGAUCGCCGGCCAGUGCACGACUCUCUCCUUCCGGCACAGGCAACUCCGGCAGCGACACGUACAUCAACCAGGAUGCCGUGAACCGGCUGGGCCGCGCAGGCAUCUCUGUGCCCGGCCUCGGCAUUGGGGGCGGUGCAGGCAGCGGCGAUGCCCAGCAGCCGACGGCCCUCUCGGCGAUCAAUGCGCUAGCAGCAACGUCCUCGUCCUCACACGAGCCAGCGCAGACGGUGAACCAUGCGCCGCCAGCGUCGCAGCUGGGUGAACUGCAGGCUCGGUUUGCCAAAAUGGGGACCGGGGGCGGCGUGGGUGCAGCCAGCCGUACACCAUCACGAUCACCGGCUCGCCUUGGCGGAGCCAAUGCCAAUGCUCGCUCGUCUGCGGCAGUGUCUGGGUCGUCUACGCCGUCUCUGUCUACGGGCGCAGUUGCAGGUCUGGCUGCCGGGAAAAAGAAACCGCCGCCGCCGCCGCCAGCGAAGAAACCUGGGUUGGCAGCCGUAAAACCAAACACAACCCGGGGUGGCAGCGGGCACAAGACAGACGACGAGGAUGACGCGCCGCCGCCGAUUCCAAUGGCAACACGGCCGCAAGGGUGGUGA